UCACGUUUUCUUUGGGUUUGAGUUUUACGUCGUUUUGAAAGCGCUAGAUCAACUGGAGCUUUUCUGGCGCAGUAGAUAGAUCUAGAGUCAGAGUAGGACAAACGGGAAGAGACAGAGUUUCCCCCCUAGCCAAAGCACUCCACAAAAACCUCCCACCAUGGACAUCUCGGAGAUGAUAGAGAAAGAGAAGAAGAGACAGGAGUUGGUGGCAGACGAGAAGGUCAAGGCCAAACUGCGCCGGCAGAUCUACAUAUUCAACAAGGAGAAGGCUUCCUUCACGCGUCGAACGGCGCACGAGAUCAACAAACAGAGGAGAUGCCUCAGUCUCCUCGAGAAGGAGAAGGACACCGAACUGGACAACUUCCUGGCCAUGAGGUCCCACGCCACAGAGAUCAAGUACAAGAGAGAGAAGGGCGUGGUCACUGACCUAGUUAAGACGACCGACGUCGUGAGGUCACUCUUAGAGCAAGAGAAGGGGAACACACGGUCACUGGGGAAACAGCUGGACAACCUCACAAGAGAGACAUGGGACACAAAGCGAAAGACCACCGAAAUGACCAUGGAGCAGGCAAAGGCCAGAGUUCCCUGUCCUAAGACAAUGGAUAACCGUAUAGAGUGGUCUAGCGGCAAGUUCCACCUCCAACUUGCCAAGAACCGCGAGCUGCAGCAGAAGAUCGACAGCGCCAUCUUUAUCCGGGAGAUCUACCGGAAGGAGGAGACUCGUCUACAAGCCGAGGUGGAGAAGAUCAACGAGAAGAUCUCGCAUAUUCUCGUGGAGACCUCGGAGAUCUACGAGAAGCGGGAACGCGCCGAGGCGACAAAGGUCAAGGUCAAGGACCACCUGAACAAAGUGCGGGACAAGUUCGAGAGAGAAAUGCAGGUCAUGAGUCUUUCCCUGAGCGAGGAUAAGAAGAUGGAGACUUUCAUGAGGACAAAACACAAGGAUGUCACGCAAUACUUGAGGCAUCAGAGGGAGGUGGAGAUGCAGAAAGUGGAGACUAUGUCCCGACAGAAGGACGAGUUCACCAAAGCCUUUGACGAGAUCAAGAAAGCCACGGGCAAAAAGGACAUCAAUCAGAUCAUCCACGACUUUAUCGAGGCGGAGGAGGACAACUUCGCCAUCUUUCUCCACAUAGACUCGCGCCCUCACCGCCAACAAGCAAGAGCUAACAGCUGACGAGGUCAUGCUCACCCGGAAACCUUCCAUCCAGAUAGAACCACGCGCCCCGCCCAAAACGGUCACCGUCUCGGCUCUAAGAGACAAGGAGGAGAUCGGCCCACAUGAGGCCUUGACCCACGAUGAGGUGAAGGACGUGGUGGUCAAGACCUUGCUGGACACCGCCAAGACUGGUGACGUCACACACCCCUCUGGUACGGGCGGGAACGCGCCCAAGCUGUGAAGGGUUGGAACUCAGACCCUAAGAGUUGUCGUAGAGUGUUUAGCUACUAUUUAAGUGCUAUCUAUUUAUUUUUCGAAACAUGCUUGACUUUUGUGUAACUGCGAUGGGUAUUCUUUUCUUCAAAUGCAAGACAAUUUAAUGAACAAGCUUCGAGAAGGUAUCAAUAACUCCAUUAUGCCCAAAAUUUUGAUUAGCACCUGAUUACACUGUGUCGUGACUCAAUUUAAAUCUACUUUUAUUCAAGAUAGAUGUGUUUGUGUGUAUAUGUGUGUGUGUAUGUGUGUGUAUGUGUGUGUGUGUA